CUAAACGUGUCAGUGGACGUGCUGCAGCACUUGGAGCACCUGGCCCUGGUGGAUUUCCGUGACUCCGAGGGCGUGGAGCGGCUGCAGAAAGCAAUCCAGUUUGCUGAUCAGCUUCAGGAAGUAAACACUGAUGGUGUGGAACCCAUGGAUUCAGUCCUGGAGGACAGGUGUCUGUAUCUCAGAGCAGAUGAUGUGACAGAAGGCAACUGCACCAAAGAGCUGAUGGAAAAUGCCAGAGAGAAAGUAGAGGAAUAUUUUGUAGCUCCACCAGGUAACAUCCCUUUACCAAAGCUGGAGGAACGAGAGACUUUCCUGCAGGGCUCUCAGUGA